CGCCUCUCAGAACCCCGGGGAGCCACAGGCUCUUCCCGCCCCGGGAAGGAGGGCUGGGGGGCACUCCCCCGGGAUCCCACCCCGUUACCCCGGCCCCACCGGGUCCCCAUGAACAACCAGGCGCGGACCCCAGCUCCCGCCCAGGCCCGGACCUCAAGUGUCGUCCGGGCUUCGGCCCCUACCCGGGUUUCCACCCAGAUCCGGACUCCAGCUACAGGCUGGACCCCGACCCCAGUCCAGGCCUCGACUCCAGUCCGGACCCAGACCCCGGUCCCAGCCUCGACCCCGUUCUGGCCCCCGACCCCAGUUCCAGCCUCGAGCCCGGUCAGGACCCCGACCCUGGUCCAGGCCUCAACCCCGGUCCGGACCCCGACCCUGGGCCAGGCGUCGACCCCGGUCCGGACCCCGACCCCGGUCCAGGCCUUGACUCCGGUCCGGACCCCGACCCCGGUCCAGACCUUGACUCCGGUCCGGACCCCGACCCCAGUCCAGGCCUCGACCCCGGUCCGGACUCCGACCCCGGCCUCGACCCCGGUCCGGUCCCCGACUCUGGUCCAGACUUUAAAUCUGGUUCGGAUCCUGUCUCCAGGCCGUACCCCGACCCCAGGCCGUACCCCAACUCCGGUCGGGACCCCGACUCCGGUGGGGACCCCGACUCCAGUCCGAACCCCGGCGCCAGUCGGGACCCCGACUCCGGUCCGGACCCCAGCCCCAGUGAGGACCCCUGCUCCGGUCGGAACUCCGAAUCCGGUUCGGACCCCGGCUCCGGUCUCGACCCCAGCUCCGGCCGGAACCCCGGCUCCGGUCUGGACCCCGGCUCCGGUUCGGAGCCCGGCCGCGGUCUGGUCCCUGACUCCAGUUCGGACCCCGACUCUGGCCUGGUUGCCAGGCCCGCUAGCCCCGGGCCCGGCCGCGGUGCCGGCCUCGGACGCCUCCCUGAACACGGCACUCGUCUUGGAGCCGUCCCUGGAGCCGUCCCUGGAGCCGUCCCUGGAGCCCGCCCCGGAGCCGGCGCUGUCGGAGGCGGCUCCCGCGCCGCUGUGGAGCCUGAAGCGCGGGCGGCUGUCGAGCGCCGUCGCCGCGCCCGCCCCGGAGCCGCCUCCCGCGCUCUCGGCGUCCGCCGCUGCUGUCCUGGGGGCCACCCGGUUCACCAACUCCUCGGGCCCUGGGCCCGCCCCAGAGCCCGGCCCGGAGCCCGGCCCGGAGCCCGCGCCGAAGCCCGCCCCUUCGGCCAUCUCCGUGUGCUCCAACGCGGCGGCCUCCACCAGCAAGACCCUCCAAAUCGACAAGAGAAUCUUGGUCCGAGUCGUUUACUGUGGCCUCUGAAGCUAUGGCCUUCGGUACAUUCUACUGAAAAAGAACCUGGAGGAGCUAUUUCCAGAUUGUCUGCUCUUUGAGGAGGAGAGAGCUACCCAGGCCUCUGGGGAGUUUGAAGUGUUUGUGAAUGGGAAACUGGUUCAUUCCAAGAAGAAAGGUGAUGGCUUUGUGGACGAGGUCAAGCUGCGGAAAAUUGUGACUGCUAUCAACGAAGAGAUCAAGAAAAGCAGGUGCGUGCAGAGUGCUCCGUAGGCAUCUGUGGCCGGCACCGUGUGGGUGUGGAUUGGACCGAAGACGCAGAACGUGGAAUCCACCAUGGCAAUGGUGUUCAAGAGUACGGCGGUGGCUACGUAUGCAGUUUCCAGGGUCACAGAGAUGGACAUUCAAAUCCCGGACCCACCGUCCCUGCCAGGGCUUGCCAAGGACUUUCUUCAGGAAGCGACAGCUGCUGUUAUUGGGAUCCAUCAGGACUGAUUCUGUUCUGAUUGCAAUAGAAAACCCAGCUCAAACUGACUUUACACACACACAUACACACCCACACAAUAUAUCGGUAAUCUAAAUAAAAACUCUAGGGUGUAAUUUUGUUGACUUCAGGCAUGGCUAGAUCCAGGCACCAAAAGGUUGUCUUUGAGGGUGAGAGUCUGGUGUGCUGGGAUGCUCACAUCUCGUACCGGAGUGCUUGGUGUGGACCCUGGCUCUGCUUCCAACCCAGCUUCCUGCUAAUGCACACCUUGGAACGCAGCCGGUGAUGGCUCAAGCACUUGGGCUCUUGCCACCCAUGAGGGAGCUCUGGAUUGAGUCUCAGGUGCCGGGAUUUGGUCUGGCCCAGCCUUGGCUGUUGCUGGCAUUUAGGGAGUGAAUUAGCAGAUGGAAAAUCUCUCUCUCUUCACUGCCUGUCUCCCUCUGGCUUUCAAAUAAAAUGAAAAUAAAUAAUUUUUUUUUGUAAGCUGCCUUUGGCUAUCUGACUCCUCCUCAUUGUGGCUCCUGUCCUUUUGCUGGACUGGCUUUAUUUUCAGGCAGGCUCCUCCCCUUGGUGGCAUAAAUCCCGCAGAAGGUUCUCAUUGGCUUAGAUUAGGUUGUACAACCAUCCAUAAUCAGUGAGACUCAAGAGAAUGUAGCAUUCUCACUGGCCAGCUGGAACUGUGUGCCCAUUCUUACAAUGGGGGCGGGGGUGGAAUUGGGUCUUGGGAACCAUGUAGGCGUGAGGUGCUGGGUGGCGGAGGUGGGGACAGUGAGCCAGUGCUGCUAGGCUCCAAUCCCAGCCCUGCCACUUCCUGACGCUGGGACCAGGAGCAAAUGCCUUCACCCCUCUGUGCCUCACUCUGCUCCUCUGUGGAGAUUUGGUACCCUGUACCUCAGUCACCAAAUAUUUGCU